AAAGCCGAAAGUCAUUGUAACAUUAACAUCAUGGUAAAACCAACUCAGGACAGGGACACCUCUGAUCUUAAAACAUUAAUAACGGAAAAGCAACUGAUGGAACUGGCAGGGAAACUGGGCUCUGAUUGGCGGCAGUUAGGUAUUCAGUACUUGGGAAUGUCUUUUGCUGACACACAGAAUUUUGAGUCGCAAGAAAAAACCCAAACAGACAUUAUAUUUAAGAUGUUAUACAUUUGGAGAUGCCGAGAAAAAGAGAAAGCAACAGUGUGGAAUCUCAUCAAAAUUCUCCGUGAGGCCGAUGUUGACGUGGAUGCAUGGAAAUCUCUCUCUCCGAACAACGAUUUAACAGAUAUGAGGUGCAAGUGCUGCCAAUCAAUCUUCUGCAAGUGCCAAUGUAACCUCUGUGAAGAUAAAACCAUUCUCGUCUCUUCCCCCGUACCCAAAGGAUAUGAAUGCACAAUUAAAUGUAAACACGUGCGAAAGUUUGUAACAACCACAAUUUCUGGCCAGAAAAAAGCAGCUCUGGAAAUUGAUGACUUGCUUAUGCGUAUGCUCAGUGACGACAACACGCUCCGUUUAGAUAUUAUAAGCAUAUUCCAUGGUCUAGAGGGCCAACUUUUGAAGAUCACGAUAUUCUGUUGA